UAUGCUUACGUGAUAAAUUAAUUAUCCGCCACAAAUUCUUGUUUUCGUUCCAAGUUUAUUUAUUAUCUCGAAAUGACUGAAGUGAAAAAAGUGCUUGUGAUUCUGUCACCAUGGAGACAAAUGGGGAUAUAUUUUGCUGCCGUUUUAUUAGGAUUUUGGCUUUGUAUAAAAAGAUUAACACAAUGUCUUUGGACGCCUUCGAAAGCACCGGCGGAAGCAAGAGACUCGCCGCCUUCUUGUCUGGUUGAAACCAAUGGUGGACGACAUUCAUAUGUAAAAUUGAAGGGCACUAAACUGCACUAUGUGGAAAUUGGUUCCAAGGAUAAGCCAUUGUUGCUCCUGUUGCACGGUUUUCCCGAUUGCUGGAUUGGAUGGAGACAUCAGAUUCCAGAACUAUCCCAGCAUUUCCGCGUCAUUGCCCUAGAUCUCAAAGGCUUUGGCGACUCAGACAAGCCGGUCUGGAGGCAUUGUUAUCGCCCAACGCGCAUUUUGGGCGAAUUGGACGCCUUGGUGUCAGCCCUGGGCGCUAGAUCCUGCACCAUCGUAGGGCACGACCUAGGCGCCCAUUUGGGAUGGUUUUUAGUGCAUGCUUAUCCAGAUUUAGUCGAUAAGUUUGUCGCUAUUUCAGCACCACAUCCAAAUUUACACUGGGACACUAUACCUAGUGGACCAGUGUUUGAUGGAAAUUGGUUGAAAGUGGUUCAGUUACCAAUGUUGGCGGAACGCGAUGCAAUGCGUUGUGAUUUGCAAAUCCUAGAACGUUGUUAUGCACACUUAAUGUCUGGUGAUAGUAAAGAAAAAAAUUUACUUGAAGCUUACAAGUAUGUAUUCAGUCGUAGUUCAGAUUGGGCUGGACCCUUAAAUUACUUCAGGAAUUUACCGUAUUAUCGAAUACGAGAUGAUGUUUCUACUGUACAAGCUCCUGUUCUUCUUAUCACUGGCAAUCGUGAUCAAUUUUGCCGACUGGAAUCUGUGGUUCAAAGUUCAGAUUGGUGUGACAAUUCUUUGGUGAAAAUAGUAGAAGGCGCUGGUCAUUGGCCUCACCAAGAAUUUCCUGAUGCCUUCAAUCGGUUACUGAUGCCAUUUUUAGUUCGUCAAAGAUCAAAUGUGCCAGUACCAGAAAAAACUGCAUCAAAAGGCCUCAUGGUACGAAUGUUAGGAGCCGUAAGCCAAACCGUAAAAUAUGGAGGAUCCGUUAUUGAUACGGUUCAGAAAAAAACAAAUGGAGCCGUAGGUGUACUACAUCAGUUAACCUGAUAAAUCCAUUAUAAGAUGAAUCUUUUAUUUAAAUGAUAUUUUCAACUUUAAAUGUCUUAAAAAAAGACUAUCAACUUGCCUAAAUUGCAAUGAACUAAGGUAACAAAACCCUUGGAGCUCAUAGGCAUAUGAAGUGAGAAAGUGAACUACGGUGAUAAUUGUGUAUAACAAGUAUGGAUUUAAAUUUAACAGCACUAAAAUAACAUGCUAAUAUUUAAAGUAAAUAACAAACAAUAAAAAUUCAAAUCAACGACACUGAAGCAUGUAAUAGCUUGUUUGUUAAAAAUUCAGUGUUUUUUUAAAUAAGCCCAAAAUUGCUCGUGAAUAAAUCUUCUCAAUAAGAAUGUUUAUUCAAAAAAGAUGACUGAA